AUGAUACCUCCCUCGAUCAAUCGACCAAACGAACCAAUUGCCGUCAUUGGAACUGGGCUCAGAUUCCCUGGAGGUGUAAAUGACCCAACACAGCUUUGGGACUUGCUACAGCAUCCUCGCGAUGUACAGACUGUCAUUCCAGCAGACCGUUUCAGUAUAGACGGAUUCUACCAGCCAUCGCACGACAACCAAGGCAGUAGCCAUACUCGUCAUGGCUACUUCCUCAGUGGUGACCAUCGACAGUUCGAUGCCGAAUUUUUUGGUAUCAUACCGGUUGAAGCGAGCUCGAUGGAUCCACAGCAACGAUUGUUGCUUGAAGUCGUAUACGAAAGCAUCGAGGCUGCUGGCCUCGACAUGAAAACUCUCCAAGGUUCACCUACGGCAGUGUACGUAGGUCUUAUGGCUGUCGAUUACAACGACAUGCUGAACCGCGACCCGUCAGAUUUCCCACCCUAUGUGGCUGCGGGUACUUCGCGAAGCAUGUUCUCCAAUCGAAUAUCGCAUUUCUUUGACUGGCGAGGACCAUCUAUGACGAUUGAUACGGCGUGUUCCUCCAGUCUUGUUGCUAUACACCUGGCCAUCCAGUCUCUAAGGGCUGGAGAUUGUGAGCUUGCUAUCGCUGCUGGGGCAAACCUGAUGCUCGGUCCGGAGCAAUUUAUUGUCGGGAGCAGUAUGAAGAUGUUGUCACCUGACGGACGAUCGUUCUGGUGUGAUGACCGCGCAAACGGUUACGCUCGAGGUGAAGGGUUCGCGUCUAUCGUUCUCAAGACUUUGAGUGCAGCGAUCGCAGAUGGCGACGAUAUCGAGUGCGUGAUUGCUGAGACUGGUCUGAACCAGGAUGGAAGAACCCAGGGUCUCACAGUGCCAAGUGCGGACGCCCAAGCUACGCUCAUACAGACGACGUACAGGAAGGCAGGGCUCGAUUUGACCAAACCUUCCGAUCGACCCCAAUACUUUGAGGCUCACGGCACUGGAACUCCUACCGGAGACCCCCUUGAGGUCAAGGCAAUACAUGAUGCGUUCUUUGCGAACACUCAGCCUGAUGACAGUAAAGAGCAACUCUACUGCGGCUCAGUGAAGACGAUCAUCGGCCACACUGAAGGCACAGCCGGACUGGCAGGCUUGAUCAAGACAUCGUUGGCCCUGCGGCAUGGCAUAAUUCCCCCGAACCUUCUUUUUGAAAACCUUUCGCCUCGUGUCAAGCCUUUCUUUGACAACCUCAAGAUUCCAACCACAGCAGAGUCAUGGCCAGUUCUGCCUCCUGGAGUAAUACGCCGAGCCAGUGUUAACUCAUUUGGAUUUGGAGGAACAAAUGCUCAUUGUAUCUUGGAAAGCUAUGACUCCGCAGCGCGCGAACAGCCAAUAGAUUGUGUGACAAAUCUCCCAUUCGUGUUCUCUGCACCGUCGGAGAAAGCAUUGGUUGCCAUACUCAAAUCAUACUUAAAGUAUCUCAAUGAAGAGCCUGCAGUCGAGCUUCGGGCUCUAUCACAUACUUUGUGCACUAGGCGAACGGCAUUUCCUGUGAGGGUGGCUUUCUCGGCGAAUAGUAUGAAAGAUCUCCAUACGAAACUCAACUCUAUCGCGAACCAGGAAGGGGCCAAGCCAUUCCUCACUGCUCCGGUGUCAGCAUUACGACCACGGAUACUGGGAGUCUUCACGGGCCAGGGAGCUCAGUGGGCUGGCAUGGCAAGCCGUUUGAUGGAAUUCUCCGGAACAGCAGCCCUCAUCGACGAACUCGAGCGUAGCCUAGCCGAAUUACCAGACCCGCCCUCAUGGUCACUCAAGGCUGAGCUAUCAAAGGAAAAGUCACACUCGCGAAUCACAGAAACCGCAAUUACCCAGCCGGCGUGUACAGCUGUGCAGAUUCUGCUGGUCGAAAUGCUGCGCGCCGCUGGCGUUCGUUUCUCUGCCGUGGUCGGUCAUAGCUCCGGAGAGAUAGCCGCCGCAUACACUGCCGGAUAUCUCUCUGCUCAAGACGCGAUACGUGUCGCUUACUAUCGCGGACGGCAUGUGCCUCUAAUCGGCGGGAGGAAUGGAGAACGCGGAUCAAUGAUUGCGAUUGGCGCGUCAUACGAAGAGGCGCAAAACCUGUGCAAUCAGGACGAGCUUCGCGGAAGAAUAUGCAUCGCCGCAAGUAAUUCAGCUUCCAGCAUCACUUUGUCUGGUGACACUUCUGCUAUUGAGGAAGUACAGACCAUGUUCAAGGCAAGUAACAGGUUUACAAGGCUUCUCAGGGUUGACAAUGCGUACCAUUCACAUCACAUGAUACGUUGCUCCGAGGCUAUCACGGCCUCGUACCGCGCCUGCAAGAUCAAGUCGCGACGACCUACCAUCCCCGACUGUUUGUGGGUUUCGAGCGUAUAUCAUCGAGACAUAGCCUUAGUCACGGACAGCCUGGACGGUCAUUACUGGCAUAGCAAUACGAUCGGCGAAGUGCUUUUUUCGCAGGCGCUUGAGCAUGCUCUGCAACAACCUCACUUCGACCUUGCCGUGGAAAUUGGAGCUCACCCGGCCUUGAAAGGUCCCGCCCUACAAGUGAUCGAAGACACCGUCGGUUACACGAUACCGUAUACGGGAAUGUUAGCUCGAGGCGUAGAAGACGACGAGGCGUUCGCGAACAGUCUUGGCUACAUAUGGGCCAGCCUCGCCAGAAAUACCGUUGACUUUGCUGGCUAUGAUCAGUUCAUGAAUGCUACAGAAUCACCCACGCUACUAAAGGGUCUCCCAACAUAUCCCUGGAACCAUGAGAGGGCAUUCUGGCACGAGUCUAGAGUCUCAAGAGCAUUUCGAGGUCGAUCUGGCCGGCACAAGCUCCUCGGUCUAAAAAACGUUGAUUACUCUGAAGAUCAAAUCUCAUGGAAGCACAGCCUGAUACCCGACAGGAUGUCUUGGCUCCAAGACCAUCGCAUUCAAGGGCAGAUGAUCUUCCCUGGUGCAGCGUACAUCGUAUCGGCAUUUGAAGCUGCGCGUCAGGUUACGGGAGAGCAAUCCGUGAGAGCCAUCGAGCUGACAGAUUUUGUGUUCGGUCAGCCUUUGGUGUUUGCGACUGGAGAUACCCGGAUAGAGGUUCUUGUGUCGUUACGUGGCGUCCGGCGUCGGGAUUCGAAGACCACCGCUGACUUUACCUAUCACUCGAUCGCCAACGAAACCUCCGGCUCGAUGACACUCAAUGCACAUUGUCAAGUCACCAUUGACCGCGGACAUCAAGAUGGAGCCACCAUGCAACCAUUUCCAGAAGCCACACAGUUUGGAAUGCAAGAGGUUGGGUCUGAUAGGAUCUACGAAUCGUUCGCCAAACAUGGGUACCACUACACUGGUCCAUUUAGGUCUUUGACAUCGGUGUCAAGAAGACUUGGGGUUGCUUCUGGUCUGGUCCAGAUGCCCGGUCCCACUCAUAAGAUGGAAACUCUGAUGCAUCCUGCGACCCUAGAUGCGGCGAUGCACUCAAUCAUGGUUGCACACUCCUAUCCGGGCGAUGGCCGAUUGUCAACUCCACGGAUACCAACCGAGGUCUCGAAAAUAUCGCUCGAUCUGUUGGCAGCCUUGCGAAGCUCGUCCCAGCAGCACUUGAAGUUCGUGUCUAUAGAUGUUGAUAAUGUCAAUCGUAAGGAGGGGAGAGUAGAGCUCUCUUCGGUGGACGGCGCAGACUCUAUUCUCCAAAUCGAAGGUCUGCGCACAAAGCCUAUGGUUCCUGCCACUCCAGCAAACGAUGUUCGCAUGUUCUCCGAGACGGUAUGGGGCCCAGGAUAUCCUUUACUCCGCGAUGGCCACAAUGGCUUCAAUACCUCCAGGGACGUCGUUGAUGUGAUGACAUCUGCUGCUGAGGAGUUGACUCACCGCUAUCCGGGCAUGCACAUACUAGGGCAAGUCCGAAUCUCUGAUAUCUCUCACAUCGCUAACAAGAUUCUCAGCAUCAAUAGGGCUGACCCAGAGCAUGUGCUGCGCUUCCUAUCGGGGCUUGAUAAUGCGUUUGCCUCCUACACGCACACCGAUGUUUCCGAGGAAUGCCUUGACCUAGGCAGGACUGUCCUUGACUCGUUAGACGACAAGAUAACGUACAGAAAAACAAGCCCGGAUACCGAUGUCAGUGAUCAGGGAUUCACUGCACGGUCAGCUGAUCUGGUCGUUACGUUCUCGAUGCCAUCCACGCUACUAGAGCUGCAACAUACGUUAAGGGAUGUGGGAUACCUCCUUAGGCCAGGCGGUUAUUUCUUGUGUCCCCAGCCUAUCGAUCCGGAUCUCUUGAUUCGCGAUCCGUCUUCGGAGAUAGUUGUAGCCCCUGAUGUUUGUGGCGGACCUGCACAUCCCUCAUUGCAACAGGGAAUCCUUUCACAGCGCAAACAAAUGCUGGAGUUACAUGAUCUUGCAGACUUCGAUUCGCUGCUACAAACGAGAAACAGCAUUUCACACAAUGGCCAGGACUGUGUCACACUCAUGCAAGCGAUCGAUAAUCGUGUCCAGUAUCUCCGCGAUCCUCUAAACCAAGUCGCACGACACCCACAGAUCAUGGCCGGAGAUAUUACCUUGAUCGGUGGCGAUACCACCGCCACAUCCGCUUGUGCUGGCCAGAUCGAGGCAAUUCUGAACGCCUGUGGCGGAAACGUAGUCCGGGCGCAAUCGAUCUCUUCUCUACUUGAUACGGAAGCUCGAUUCGGUGGCAGUGUUCUUGUCCUACAAGACUGCGACAAGCCUAUUUUUGAGGAUUUCGAUCAAAACAUGCUUGCAGGCCUGAAAAAUAUAUUCGCGGCCAGCAGGAAUGUUUUGUGGGUCACAUUCGGCUACAAGCGCAAUGCGCCGAAUGCGAGAAUGUUAGUGGCUUUUGCGAGAUGUUUAGCUCAGGAGAUGGAACAUGUCCGGCUACAAAUUGUGGACUUCACAUCACCAGACACACUUGAGGCGUCGCUGAUAUCACAGGUCUUCCUUCGGUUGCUCGGCACAACGAUUUGGGAGGACCAAGGCCGCCUACAUGACAUCCUCUGGUCUGCGGAGCCUGAGAUCUCCUAUGAAGAGGGAGAUAUGUUCAUUCCUCGAGUAAAGCCCUGCAAAACGUUGAACGAUCGCUACAACUCUUCUCGCCGCCCGGUCACUCGGGACGUUGCUCUGGCUGAUGAGAUGGUAGCCUUAUCGCCAGUGGAUGAUACAUAUGUCCUCAAAGCAUCGAUCGGUGCCAGCCAGGCAUCGCUCCGGAACAAUCACGUCACCAUCCAUGUUACACACUCCUUUCUCAAGGCUGUCAAGAUCGAGCGAAGUGGGUUCUUCUAUCUACUCUUGGGCACGGAUGUCGCGGGCAACGAGCAGGUCAUUGCGUUGUCUAGCACACUGUCUUCGAGGGUGGAUGUACCGAGAGAACUGGUUCGAUCUUGCCCAUUGCCCAAAGAAAAAAAUGUUGAGCAUCUCCACGCCGUGUUUUACGGCCUGGUAUCGUUCGCAAUCCUGCGUGGCCUUACGUCAGAUGACGCGGUCCUCGUUCUUGAACCCGACUCAAGUAUCGCGACCAUUCUCCCUGCUUUUGCUAAAGCCAACUGUGUGAGAGUAUUGUUUUCUGUGGCUCGCGAAGAUCAGAAUCUCGACUCACAGCCGCCGCGCCGCGCUUUGGGCAGCGAGAUCAGCGACGCCUUACAUGAUAUCAACUUGGCACGAGUUGUUUGCUGGAAAGACGAUGUCUCGACUGCGAGCAUACGUAGCGAGAUACCAUUCGGUCUCGCUUGCGAUGAAAUGAGCGCGUACGUCGCCGAGAAAGGCUCUCCUGUCAGUUGCAUGUCAAUAGCAAGAGCCUCUCUUACGCUCGAUCGUGUGCAUGAUCGAUUGAGCUCGACGAUAUCUACCAAUGCUUGCGAAGUUACCAAAUGUAUCUCCCUAUCAGACGUGGCUGGAACCUUCAUCGCUGUUGAUCCAAUGACAAUGUUGGAGUGGAAGGCAAAGUCCAAAGUCCAGGUUUGCAUCGAGCCCAUUGACCAUGGAGUGCUCUUUCAGUGCGACAGGACCUACUGGCUCGUUGGACUUACUGGCGACCUGGGUCUAUCGCUUUGUUUGUGGAUGAUAACGAAAGGUGCCAGGUUCAUCGCUAUUUCGAGUCGUCAUCCAAAAGUCGAUCCCGCAUGGAUUACGCACUUUCGGUCUUUGGGCGCUACAGUCGAGGUGCUGACUUGCGAUGUGACAGAAUACGAAUCCAUUGAAGCUACACUUGGUAGUAUCGAAGUCAGUAUGCCGCCAAUUGCUGGAGUCUGUCAUGGUGCAAUGGUGCUGCAAGAUGCACUGUUUCACGAUCUCGACCCAGCACGGAUGGAGCAGGUGUUAAAGCCGAAGGUCAACGGAGCAGUGAACCUUGACAGGGUGUUCCGAAAACACUCACUCGACUUUUUCAUAAUGCUUUCAUCGGUCGCAGCCAUCACCGGAAAUCCUGGCCAAUCAGUCUACGCUGCCGCUAACGGGUUCCUGGCUGGUCUCAGUGCUCAACGGCGGGCGCGCGGCGAUUGUGCUUCGACAAUCAACAUGGGUGCAAUUCUCGGUGCCGGUACCACACGUGCUCUUACAACUGCUCAACAAAUCUCUCUCCAGAAAGCCGGCGUCAUGUGGACAUCGGAGCAGGAUUUCCAUACUGCAUUCGCCGAGGCUGUCGUUGCAAAUCGAUCGUGCUCCGACUCAAACGGCGAAUUCACUACCGGAGUGCGUAUCUGUAAUGUUGAUGAGGAAUUCAAGCCGAAACACGCGAGCAGUCCUAUCUUUUCCCAUAUGUUGUUGCGCACGAACAUCCUCGCGCAAUCGAACGCAUUCGCUCCAGCAGCAGAAACUGUGAGGGCUCGGUUGCUCCAAGCUACCGAUGAAAAGAUGUUGUUGCAAAUCCUAGCUGAAUCCCUGACCUCCAAGCUACGGAAAGCACUCCAAAUGUCCCCAGGCUCGACUGUCAUUGACGAGACAGCCGAAAGCUUGGGCAUCGACUCGUUGAUAGCCAUCGAGAUACGAUCUUGGCUGCUAAAGGAGCUGAGUGUUGAUCUGCCGCUUUUGAUCGUUAUCGGUGGUAACAACAUGCGGCAGGUGCUGGAAGCAUGUCGUGCCCGCCUCGAUCCAGCAAUGACGCCAUUGCUUGAUGCAGAAUCGGGUCAAACGACAACAAGCGAAGUGUGGCAGUUACAAGACGAUAGUAAGGUGUUGGUUUCUUCUCAAGAAGAGAUUCCAGUCAUAUCUGCGCAUACGAACGUUCACCCUGCUGGUACAAACAAUCCCAAGAUUGUCGAGAUAGUUGCAACACUGGUGGAGAAUCCCGCAGCCCCAGUACAAGAGAGACGAACGCUGGUCACGGCCAACACACGACCACAUGAUGCCGAGCUCGCGUCCAGGCCAGACAUCACAGGUACCGAGCAGAUGUCCCCAGAAGAUGUGUUAGAGAACGGAUGUAUUACGCAGGUCGACUGA